AUGGCGCAUAACUCGAAAUUCAUUCCGGAACCCAGGACUGUGGCCAUCGUUGGCUGUCCCUUCAGCGGUGGUCAGCCCAAACUUGGUGUGGACCAGGGUCCAAUUCACUUGGUCGAGGCAGGCCUCAUCAGCCAGCUGGAAGAGCUCGGAUGGAAAGUCAAGUUUGAUGGACAUCAUCAAUUCGAGGAAAUCAACGCUGCUGCUGAUCCUCCAAUUGGCAUUCUGAAAAACCCAAGACUUGUAUCGCGCGUCACAGAGGCUGUCGCAAAGGCUGUAGGUGCACAUGCAGCACAGGGAGAGCUGCCCCUCACCCUCGGGGGCGACCAUUCUCUGGCGAUGGGCACCAUCUCAGGAACCUUGAUGAAAUAUCCGGACGCCUGUGUUGUGUGGAUUGACGCCCACGCUGAUAUCAACACGGUAGAAACGACAGGAUCGGGAAAUAUUCAUGGCAUGCCUGUCUCUUUCCUGCUUGGAAUUGGAAGCAAGGUGGAUGAGUUUUCCUGGGUCAAACCUCUCUUGAAAGCGGACCGGCUUGUGUACAUUGGCCUUCGCGAUAUUGACGCUGGCGAGAAGAAAAUCUUGCGCGACAACAACAUCAAAGCCUUCAGCAUGCACGAAGUUGACAAGUAUGGCAUCGGCAAGGUCGUAGACAUGGCGUUGGACCAUGUCAACCCAAACAGGGAUAGGCCGAUACACUUGAGCUUCGAUGUCGACGCGCUGGACCCUACCGUCGCACCGUCGACUGGCACGCCUGUUCGUGGCGGGUUAACGUUCCGAGAGGGCCAUUACAUUUGUGAGGCUAUUUCUGAAACUGGCCUCUUGGUUGCCCUCGAUAUCAUGGAGGUCAACCCUUCACUUGCAGACCCUGCCAGUGUAAAGCAAACUGUUGCCGUAGGAUGCUCUCUUGCAAGGUCUGCCCUUGGGGAAACUCUUUUAUGA